GCAAGACUUACCCUACUGUGACUCUCGAAACGUAAAGCUUCUCCUCGUAACCAUCUAACAAGUAACAGAAACGGAAGAUGUCCUUGGCUCAGCAUGUUACCCAAGCAGAAGGCUUCGACUUCGAAGGCUCUAACAGCUCUAAUCCAUAUUCGACCAAUGAAGGCAUAUGUGAAAGCGCAACGCCUGGCUUCCAGACGUCUGCAAGCAAUGGGGAUCAAGAGUGGCGCUUCAUGGAUUUCGCUCCAGCUGAUUCAACUUCCGAAGAACCUCAUAUCGCUGCAUACAAAGUACCAUUUGCAAAACGAUGCGCUCAAGUGGCAACUGGAGCGGUAGCGUGCUGGCUAUCCGCCGGUAUCGUGUUUGGCUUUGCUGCUUUGAAGCCCGUGCUGAUCGCUGAAGGAAUAUAUAGCGGUCUCUGUGAGUCGAACGUGACAGUCGGCGUCGGCAACGAUCAAACAGGCCGCGGAGCAAUCUGCGCAGAACAAGAUCUACGCUUAAAUCUUUUCUUCAUUGUCGCUUCUGUGACCACUAAUGUUUCGUCUCUGCUGGCUGGCUGGGCUCUAGAUCGGUACGGCCGACGCGCCUGUUGGGUUUCAGCCUGCUUGUCUCUGAUAGUUGGCUCUCUGUUAAUGAGCGGUUCGUUUGCACUUCGCGGAUUAGAUGGAUAUCUUCUUGGGAAUGUAUUCCUUGCGCUAGGGGGGCUUUCGUCUUUGUCCCCAGCUUCCAGCUCGCGCAUGCGUUCCCAAAGCACUCGGGCGCUAUAG